AUGGCUGACACUUAUGGGAAGCAGAUGGAGGAGGGAAAGCCUGUCAAUACUCUUGGUGAUCUUGUGCCUUUCAGCAACAAACUUUACACCGGAGACCUACAGAAACGCAUAGGAAUAACAGCAGGAAUAUGCAUUCUGAUCCAACACAAAACGGAAAAGCAAGGUGACCGGUAUGAGGCAGUCUACAGCUUCUACUUUGGUGACUACGGUCACCUUUCGGUGCAGGGAGCUUAUAUUACCUACGAGGACACGUAUCUCGCUGUGACUGGUGGGUCAGGUAUUUUUGAAGCAUAUGGUCAGGUUAAGCUGCGGCAGCUUGUGUUCCCUUUCAAGCUGUUUUACACAUUUUAUUUGAAGGGUCUUAAGAACGAUUUGCCUGAGGAGCUGGUUGGGAAGCCUGUUGAGCCAACCCCUGCUGUUGAGCCGACCCCUGCGGCUAAGGCUGCUGAGCCACAUGCUACCAUUGCUAAUUAUAGUGAUUAAUUACGUGUUGAAUGUGGUUUAAUCAUUAAUCGUUUUCGCAAUGGAAUAUUUGUAGAGUAAUAAAUAAAUAUUAAACAGUGUUUGUUGCUUCUUUC